AUGGCUUGCAAACAGAGAAUUCUUCACAUUUUCAUUCUUUCAGUGUCAUUAAUCUCGUGUAGUGCUGCAGCUUGUGCAGCAGUUAUGUCUAUGUCAUUAUAUUUCAAAAAAAUCAACGUAAACGUAAAUGAAUUCGGAAAUUACUUACCACACCAUUAUGCAGUUAAGCAAAUGUAUGAUACAGGUAUCAGAGAUCAAUACGAAAGACAAAUGUCCGCGGUCUUUUCAAUGAUUUCUUUACUCGAAGGAGAAUAUCGUUCUAGAAUGAUUGUUAAUAACGAAUUACAAGAAAACAAAACAAUAGAAUUUUCUGAACAAGCAUUUUCCGCUAUAAUAAAGAAACUUUGCACAACAAAUAAACAAAAUCCAGUUUGUAAAUCACUGAAUCCAUUUACUUUAGAAGGUAUUUCAAUAUCCCAGCUUAUCAAACUAAUUCAAGCAUUCCCAUCUACACUUGGUGGAUCUCUAUUUCCUAAGUCUACUUGUCCAUUUUUGGAUUCAACAUCGAAAGAUCCAUAUCAGUGCAAUGCAACACUAAAUUACGCAUCUAACCCAAUCAAAUUUACCAUCAAAAACCUUAAAUGGUCAGAUGAAAUACAUGGAAUCAAAGAAUUGUUGUAUUCAUCGAUGAAACCCAUUCUUUUUACAAUGCCACAGUUACUCGCUGAAUACUACAUCCCUUGUGAUGACCCCCGAGCCAAUGAAACCCUUGAAUGCGCUGCAAAAACCUUUGAUUGUCCUUAUAACCCAACAAAGAAGUGCGGAAUCCUACAAUUUCCUUCACACACAUUAAGUGGAGAAUACUUUAUACCUAAUGAACCAGUCGGAGUUGCAGUUGGAACCCCAAUUAAUUUCGAAAUUGUCGGAUACAGCGAUUGGUUCGUUCCAACACGCGGUAGGAUGUCUCUAAAGCAAAUGAAGAUGUCACAGGGUGGUUUCAUCGCGAAAGGACCCGACAGAGACAUUGGAUUUCCAAUAACCGUUUUUACAGGUGAUUUAAAGAAGUCAUCUGCACAUGGAUUGUGUCCAAACGCACGUGCAUCACACUUCUGGUACGGUCCUCUUCGUUCCUGCAUGAAGAAAGGCCCAGAUGUCGUUGAAUGUUCAGCCAUGGACAAUGAUGAUGAAUAUGACACGGAAAAGAGCUUCGAAAGUGCCGAUGUCCUUCAGUGCAUUGACAUGAAUUACUGCAAGGAAGGUGCCAGAUACUCCAUACUCCACAUGCCCAGCAGAACAUACGACACAAUGGUUUACGAAGACAAAGAAAGCGGAAUGACAAAAACUCCGAUGAUUUUGCUCAAAAAAGAAAGUGUAGAAGACGUUGUUUACGACCAUGUUCCUUUCUAUCUCCUUGGAAAUAUAUUCGAUAAGAUGGGAGCUGAUGAAGCUGACCGAAGCUGCGGAUAUUGGUUCAUCCCUUAUGAUGUAAUUGAAAAAGUGAAAAGUGUCACAAAAGAUGGAGAAGUUUUAGGCUUUUCUUUCGAUGUUGACUUCGAUAAGUCAUCUCUUUUGUCUAAGAUUCCUGAUGGACAGUUCAAGAGGCAACUGAAGAUAACUAACGCUCCAAAUAGAGUCAUCUCUCGUCUGUUCAAGAAACACAAUUAA